CGGACACUGUUUGUGUAAAGACUGCUAACAAAGAAAUCGACUGGUUACAUUUGUCAUCUCUUGGUUAACUUGGCGAAAACAUGUCACUCAAAGAAAUCAUGAAAGAUGUUAAUGAUAAUCUUGCGAAAGAGAAAAAGAAACGAGCCAGACUGAAAGACCUGGACCUCAUUGUGCUGGACAACUCACUUCGUGAGAGCACUGUGGGUCAGCUUCGUGGGCACACAUUGGAAAACAAGCGUAGGAUUUACGAUGAAGUCAGAAAGUGUGGAUUCCAGUUCAAGAUUGUGGCAGCCUAUUCCCAUAUGACACGCGUGGAUGACUACUGGGUCGCUGCGAUCGUCCGUGAUUGUGAGGAAGGCAAAGAAGACCUGGGUAACCUAUUUGCAUUCAGUGAGUUUAUCGAGUCGAUCUCUCAAGGUAUUCCUGACACCAAAACUAUUCCAGUGGGUCUGAGAAAGAUGCAAGAGCAGGGAUUGAUCAAUCCUAUCAUAGAGAUAGAUUUGGCCAUAAAAAGUAUGAACUGGGAAAAAUUCACCACGAAGGACAUGUGCCUACUGCUGACUGAAAGAUUCAAAUGGAGCCGAAAAUAUCUGUCCCCAGAUGCCAAGAUCCUGGUAAAUCUAAGAGACUUUCCAGACGCCAUGGUCUAUGAAAUGGAACGACUCUUACAGGUUGUGAACUUCAUGGCAUCUUUACCUGCUACGGAACGUCCUUUUGGAAUUAUCUUUGAGGAGCCAACAGGCAAGUAUUUGCCUGAGGAGGUUGGAGCUUGGACUGCUGGUGUACGAAAGAUCAUGGACUCCCGCGGUUGGAGCAAUGGAAACCUCUUCGUCCAUGUUCACAAGAAGUGGGCUCUUGGAGAAAUGGUGCAGCUUGAAUGCCUUAUAAACGGAGCUAACGGUAUCUGGGCAAGCGUUUGUGAAGAGGGAGCUGCUCUUGGUCACGCAUGUUCUACAGUCACGCUGAUGAACCUCGUUCGAAUGGGGAACGAAAAGGUCCUAAAACGCUACAACUGCCCCGCCCUGAGGGACGCUGCAUCUAGCGUGACUAAGAUCACCACUGGCCUUCCACCCCAUCCCAAGCAAGUCAUCUAUGGCGACAGGGCGCUGGACUUAGCAUUUGACUUUGGAAGUAUAGCAGGUGGAACCGUUGGGGAAACCGACUUUGACUUAGCGGCAUUCUUUGGAGUGGAGGCUCCGGUGAGAAUCAGCACCCUUUCCUCCGAGCGUAUGAUCCAGGAAAGGCUGAUAGAUCUAUUUGGUGAGGAUAGGCAGUUUACGAUGGCAAUGGCUGAGGCUAUGAAAGAAAAAAUGCUUGAAGACCUGAGUGGUAAUAGGAAAGAAGAGUACAUGAGCGAGGCAGGUAUAGCAUUGCUGUUUGAUCGCGCAGGAGGAAAACUCACGGCCAACAUGGCUCGAGUGAUUCAACGAGUGAAAGUUACGAGUGUACACGCCCAACAUCUCAUUGAAGAGGUUCGCAGUAUGUGGAACGAGUGGGACAUCGAGGAAGAUAAACCAAAUGACGAUCAGCUAAUGUUCCGCUCUUUCUACAACGGGUUCAUGGCUCCUUACUUUGGUUGCUUCAUGUGCGCUGACACACAGAAGGCCUUGCAAGCCAUCAACAUGGAUAAUGACGGGUACAUCGACUGGAAUGAAUUCCUGGUUUACCUCAAGUGGGCGGUGCGUGAAUAUCCCAACAUCAAAGAUGUCGAUGAGUUGUUACACGUGGCCUUUAAUAAGGGAAUCAUUCCCGCCAUGCGAGAUGAGAUCCAGGACAAAGAAAGCUUUUGAAAGGCAGUCUACAGUCACAGCCCCAUAAUAUCAACAAGUUAUAACUUCGAACUUUAUUGACAGUGGUUAACCCUUAGAAGGUUCAGAAUUAUAAUUUCAUUAUAUGUCAUAAGCAGUGUUAGGAUUCUUACUUCAAGGCUUUCGCUAUGCAAGAAAUACCGUAUUGAUGUUUAAUUACGGUCCAACAUAAAUUUAAUAUUUUCAUUGAUUCACUAAUUCUUCUCUAAAAUGAAACCAGAAAUGGAGUCUAGAAAAUUCGUUGUUGAAAACGAGUAGUAGGUUUCGACCAAAUUAAUUGCCAAGGCGAGACUUAAAAUGUCUCACAAAAAGAUCAAUUAGUUUAUAAAUGUAGAGGUCUUUGUAAAAUUUAUUCCUAAUGCACCGCUCAGUGACUUUAUAAGUUCAUUUUAGGUACUGAAAUAUCCCUCAAACGACAUGCAUGCGAUUGACAUAAAAGGGGCUUAAAAUA